GGGAUGACGUGUCUGUGUUGAUGUGUUGAUGCAGUAAUGGCGGUGGACAUCACUCUGCUGUUCAAGGCGAGCGUGAAAACGGUGAAGACGCGCAACAAGGCGAUCGGUGUGGGAACGGAGAGUGCCAAGGAUGAGCUCGUGCGGAGAAACCGACCGAAAAACAGCUUCUCCAGCAAAGCCAAGGAAGUGAUCUCCAACAUCACCAAGCUAAAGGAUUUCCUGCUGCAGCACAGAAAGGACUAUGUGAACGCCGGCAGUUUACUCUCCUCAGAUGUGACUCGCAUGACAGACUGUGAGAGAGACCAGAUUGAUCAGGAUGCUCAGAUCUUCAUGAGAACAUGUUCAGAUGCCAUCAAACAGCUGAGAACUGAAGCAGAGAAGACGGUGAUCUCUGCUCAGAUGAAGGAGCACCGUGGGGCUGUGCUGGACCUGAUAGAAGUCUACCUUAAAGGUGUGUGUAAGCUGUACUCGGAGCAAAGAGCGAUCCGUGUGAAGAGAGUGGUGGAUAAGAAGAGACUGUCUCGGCUGGAACCAGAACAGAAAAUUAAAGUGGAAAAAUCUCAGAGUGAAGAUACAGAGAGAACUGUAUCGGAGGAAAGCAGUGAGAAGCCAACAUGUGAUAGUGGUGUUGACCUGUGGGAGGACAGCAGAGUGGAGGACGAGCUCUCGCCUGAGGAAAUUCAGAUGUUUGAGCAGGAGAAUCAGAGGCUGGUGAGUGAGAUGAAUAGCCUGGUGGAUGAAGUAAGGCAGAUUGAAGGUAAGGUGGUGGAGAUCUCUCGGCUGCAGGAGAUUUUUAGUGAGAAAGUUCUGCAGCAGGAGACAGAAAUUGAUAAUAUCCAUCAGCUGGUUGUUGGAGCCACAGAAAACGUUAAAGAAGGCAAUGAAGACAUUCGAGAGGCAAUUAAGAAUAACGCAGGUUUCCGCGUCUGGAUCCUCUUUUUCCUGGUCAUGUGCUCCUUCUCUCUGCUCUUCCUGGACUGGUAUGAUAGUUAAUAACUGAAAAUACAUCAUCUCACAACAGGAUGUGAUGUCAGACGGGACUGUAACACCACUAAGACGCUAAAUUGGACUCCACGUGUUUAGAACUUGAGAUCAAGCGUGUGUGGGCUAUUGUGCACACUAGGACUUUUCUAAUGGGCCCAUUAUAUAUAUAUAAUCUCAUCUCUGUGUGUGUAAAAAUGUAAAAUAAACUAUAGCAUUUUGUCAGUGA